CCCUGCGAGACGCGCUCACGCUGUCGACCCGAGAGUGGCGUUCCGCAGCAGAGCUGACAGUGCCGGGCUUUUGGAGGCGGACAGCGCGCUCCCGGACCCCGCGGGGGACAGAGAGCAGCAGCGGCGCAGCGGGAGGAUGCGCGGCCAGCGCCAGGGCCGCCGGUGCUGACGGGUUGCAGACGGCCGGCAAGCUGGUUCUCCACUACCUGCGGCAGGUGGUGUGGGGCUACGCGGAGGGGCAGCGCCUCAGCAGCAGCGGCGGCGACGCGCUCAUGGGCACCGUUCUCAGCUUCAGCCCGCGAGAGCGCCGCCCAGUCUACUCGAGCACCGGUUCGAUAGGCGGGGGCGGCGGCGGCGGCGGCAGUAUGGGCGGCAGCAUGGGCGGCGGCGGCGGCGGCGGCGGGGGCGGCGGAGGCGGCUGCGCCGUCAACAACGCCGGCUCCGUCACCGACUUCACGCUCAACAACUACAGCUACGAGCAGCUCAACAACGCCAAGAACCGCGAGAACAAGACCGGCGGCGGCAACAACAACGGCGACAACCCGACGCCCAUAGUCGGCUCGCUGCCCAACGGCAACGCCAACGCCACCACCAACCACAACCACAUCAACAACAAUGAGAACGCGCGCAUCAUCUCCGAGAAGAACGCCCUCGAGAAGAACUUCAAAAAGCACUCGCUCUUCAUCAACGCGCUCAGCUGGAAGCGGUUCUCCACCACCAACAAUAACAAGAAAAAGCUGGACAAUAAGAACAAGAACUUGACAGCUUUCCGGCAACCGCUGGUGGACAAUAUCCACCCGCUGGUGGUGGACAAGAAUAAGAACCUGCAGAAGGCGGCGGGCAUCACCUGCUACUACAACCCUCCGGUGAAGACCCUGAGCGAAGGCAGCAGCUUGCAGCCACGGCCGUCGCUCACCACGACGACCAGCACGGGCACGAGCACCGCGGCGGACGCCGUGCGCGCCAACAACGUCAACAACAACAGCCAGCAGGUGUGCGAGAAGCUGGGCCCCAAGGCGGCGCUGCUCGGCGGGUCGGCGGCGCCAGCGCCACAGCCUCCCGGGCCGCCGCACCACCACCACCACAGCCAUCACCAACACCACCACCACCAGCACCAGCCCGUCCCAAAGAAGACGGUCAUCCAGGCCUCCACGUCGGAGCUGCUCAAGUGCCUGGGCAUCUACCUGCACAACAAGUGCUACCGGCUCAAGGACUUCCAGGCUGGCGACGCCGUCAUGUGGCUGCGAACCGUUGAUCGCAGCCUCCUGCUGCAGGGAUGGCAGGACGUGGCGUUCAUCAACCCGGCCAACGUGGUGUUCGUGUACAUGCUGGUGCGUGACCUGGUGACGGAGGAGAACCUGUCGUGCGAGCACGAACUGCAGGCGGUCGUGCUCACGUGCCUCUACCUCUCCUACUCGUACAUGGGCAACGAGAUCAGCUACCCGCUCAAGCCGUUCCUCGUCGAGGACGACAAGGAGCGCUUCUGGGACCGCUGUCUACUCAUCGUCAACCGGCUCAGCCGCAACAUGCUGCGCAUCAACGCCGAGCCCGGCUUCUUCACCGAGAUCUUCACCGAGCUCAAGGCGUGCGGCGCACAGGUCCAACAACAGCAACAACAGCAGCAACAACUGCAAGAACCUACACCACCACCACCACCCCCUCCACCACCUCCACCACCCCCUGCCCUCAAUGCAUCGGUAGUGCAACUGCAAAAGCAGCAGCAGCAACAGCAACAACAACAGCAGCAGCAGCAGCAACAACAACAACAACAAAAGCAGCACCACCACCACCAGCAACAGCAGCAGUCAAAGCAAUGCCAACAACAGCAGCACCCAGAGGGUGGGGGCCCAGUGGCACUGCCUGCGACUGCUUGACCUCCCACUGGUGGCCAGGGUCCCCAGCAGAGUGUCGUGUUGGUACGCCUGGCGCGCAGCCACUACGUCACUACACUGUGACCUGCGGCAGCCCCCGCUCUCCUCCCGCGCGGGGGCACGGCCCUCUAGCGGCACACGGAGGAGCUCCCUCCAAAACAGCCAACCAGCGGAAAACAGGCCUUUUGUCAACAAUUGCCGCUGAUCCGUCGAUAUACUGAAAUUUAUCUCAAGUAUACAAAUGCGUGUGCCACUCUUUAACAUCAGAAAUUGGGGAAAGUUGCUUUCUUUGCAGGUCACAACUUUUGAAGGUGGACAUUCUCAUACACUGAACUGAAUAGUUCCCCUCUGUCACUUACAUAUCUCAAUCUGUGUAUUGCAUCAUAGUAGCUCUCUUCAGUUCAUACACACUGUGCUUGUGAUGGCUUUAAAUUUUCAUUUUUCAGAAACAUUUCUGAUAAUAUGUGUGAAGUUAAUAGCCAAACUUCCAAGUUUCCUUUCAAUCCAACAUUAUUCGCUACCUAAUGUUUUGAACAAAUUGUGCAUAUCUUCAUUAGGCUUUUUCCUCUGUAAAAGUCAGAUUACAAUUGUGUAAUUGUUCCCUCAAAGUGAUAGUAAUACCAGUCUUGUUUCAGUGGAUUUUCUGAUCCAGAUAUUCAUACAGUGUGUAAACUUAUUGUUUUCUAAAUAUUCUUCCACAAAACAAUUAUCUGCAGAGAUUACAACUUUCCUCACCUGUGGAGAUUGUGGUUUUAAGUUCAUUGAUCUGUGAUGUUCCUGAUGGUUUUGGAAGGAAAUUAACAAAAACAUUCAAUGUUUAUAAGGCACAGAAGAAGUUGGUCUUUCUAAUUUAUUCUAUCCCUGCCAAGUGUUAUUAAAAAUCUGACGUAGUAUUCAGUUGGUAUUUCCUUUUUGAGAAGCUUUUGCUGGACCUGAGGUGACUGUAUUAUGUGGAGGAUUAAUAUGUAAAAAAGUUUGAAAAGGUAUGGGAAUAAAUAGAACUUUAUUUUGAACCACCUAUAAGUGAGCAACAUUUCCAUUCACAGUACAAAAGUCCCUCAUGUGAUUCAGCAUAAUACUAGAGAUUUCUAUACCAGUUAUUGUUUACUGCUUUGUUUCCUAUGGUUCCAGAAUAUUGUUACCAAAAUACUCAGGUAUAUUCACGUUGACAUUAUAUGCAUUUCUCAUCUUCUUCAGGUACUUUGUUCUGGAAGUAGUGUCACAGUUGAAUGAGGUCAUUAUGCCUGCCACUGAACAUUACACCAGCCAGCCAACUUCACCGCUAAAAAAAAGUGAUGUGUUGAUUCCUAUUAUGUCAUGUGUACAGCACUCAAAAUAUUAAAACUGAAGCUGUACAGCUACAUGAAUCAUUCCAUGUGUUCCAUAUGAUGGCAUGAAGGUUGUAAAAUUAUUCAUCCUUUUAAAUGUAAAACAUUGAUAGGACAGCAGUAAAGCAGCAUUGUUUGAAACAUUUAUAUAUGUUGCAUUUCCCAGGAAAAAGAAAAUGAAAUUUUAUAUGACAAUUAUGUUUCCAGGGAAAUAACAUGGCCAACCAGUAGGACACACUAAAACUUUUUAAAGGCAUGGAUAUCAUCCAUGUGCCUUGUGUAACAAUUCUGAUCAGGUUAAACAACAUUUACAGACAUUAGAUCACAUUGAUAUCACUGUUAUUUUCUAUAUUUGAUGAGAACUCCUUCCAGUCUCAAGAUAUUUCUCUCUACAAAGACUUCAGACUUGUAGCUAAUGAAUAGGAAAUUCAUUACAAUAGUGCAGGGUGAACUGAGUGAUUGUUGUUUAAAAGAAUUACUACAAACACUCAGUCAUAAAUGUAGGAUAUAACAGGGACUAUGCUAAUUCAAAGUAUUCAAUUUACAUAAUGUAGUGUAACUACAUUGUGCCCACAUAUCCCUUAAGGGUUAAUGCAGGAACCCUUCUGGAAUGGACUUAAGUGGGCUUGUUGUUGAAUAUUUAACUAAAGUAAAGUAGAGGUAAAUUAAGUUAGUCAUAUAUAAGUAAUAUAUUAAAAGCCUGUAAAAAUUAUUUGCUUGUUUGCCCUUCAAGUUUAAGUGCUUUAGAAUAAUGUAUGUGAAUUAGAUUUUAAGUCUCUUAACAGAAAGAUUAUAUACAAGUAGU